AGUAUGAAUUUCAAAUCAUCUGGCGCCUGGCUUCUAGUGCUCUUUCUCGGGUUUGUGUUUACUCAGCCAUUGUUUAAGGUUGAGAGGCAGUUGCUUCGAAAUCCAUACGAAUUCAAAAUCAUGAAUAACGGAUCUCCAUCGCUGAGUCUCGUCGGCACCAAUUCUCGCUUUACAGAGCAUUACUUGAAACGAGCUCACAAGAAAAAAGAGCCUCGGCGGGUUUUUACAAGAAUGAAAGAUGUCGACGACAAACUUCAUCGCUUCUACAAUAGAUUUACCUAUGGUUGAAUUCAAAAUAAACUUUUUUUCAAAUUCAGUUUUCAAUUUUUUGAAAAAAAAAAUUUAAUUCAAAACUCAUGAAGUUCAUUAAAAAAGACAGCAUCACUUUUCAACAAAAAUACGAAAAUUAAAAUAAAACUG